CCGGCGGGGCGGGGCGGGGGCGGGCUCGGGCGCUCCUUCCUCCGCAUGUGGCUGGCGGCCGCCGGGCGGCUCAGUUGGCGCACUCGGCUCGGGCCGCGCGUCCACUUCGGCUUGUCCUCGCCUCCGGUGGAGCCAUGGCGUUCGCCGAGACCAACCCGGCGGCUUCCUCCCUGCCCAACGGCGACUGCGGCCGGCUCAGGGCGCGGCCGGGAGGCAACCGGGUGACGGUGGUGCUGGGCGCGCAGUGGGGUGACGAAGGCAAAGGCAAGGUGGUGGAUCUGCUGGCGCAGGACGCCGACAUCGUGUGCCGCUGCCAGGGAGGAAAUAAUGCCGGCCAUACAGUUGUUGUUGAUUCUGUGGAAUAUGAUUUUCAUCUUUUACCCAGUGGCAUAAUUAACCCAAAUGUUACUGCGUUCAUUGGAAAUGGUGUAGUAAUUCAUCUGCCAGGAUUGUUUGAAGAAGCAGAGAAAAAUGUUCAAAAAGGCAAAGGUCUGGAAGGCUGGGAAAAAAGGCUUAUCAUCUCUGACAGAGCUCAUAUUGUGUUUGAUUUUCAUCAAGCAGCUGAUGGUAUUCAGGAACAACAGAGACAAGAACAAGCAGGAAAAAAUUUGGGAACGACAAAAAAGGGCAUUGGCCCAGUUUACUCUUCUAAAGCAGCUCGGAGUGGACUUAGGAUGUGUGAUCUUGUUUCUGACUUUGAUGGCUUCUCUGAGAGGUUUAAAGUUCUGGCUAACCAGUACAAAUCUAUAUACCCCACACUGGAAAUUGACAUUGAGGGUGAACUGCAAAAACUCAAGGGUUAUAUGGAAAGAAUUAAACCAAUGGUAAGAGAUGGAGUUUAUUUCCUAUAUGAAGCCCUACAUGGACCACCAAAGAAAAUUUUGGUAGAAGGUGCAAACGCAGCACUGUUAGAUAUUGAUUUUGGGACUUACCCUUUUGUAACCUCUUCAAACUGUACCGUUGGAGGUGUUUGUACAGGCUUGGGUAUGCCUCCUCAAAAUGUUGGGGAAGUCUAUGGAGUUGUGAAAGCUUAUACAACUAGAGUUGGUAUUGGUGCAUUUCCUACAGAGCAAGACAAUGAGAUUGGAGAAUUACUACAAACACGAGGUAGAGAGUUUGGUGUAACUACUGGAAGGAAAAGAAGAUGUGGCUGGUUGGAUCUGGUUUUACUCAAAUAUGCACAUAUGAUCAAUGGAUUCACGGCGUUGGCACUGACCAAGUUGGAUAUUUUGGACAUGUUUACAGAAAUCAAAGUUGGAGUUGCUUAUAAAUUAGAUGGUGAAAUCAUACCUCAUUUCCCAGCAAACCAAGAAGUCUUAAAUAAAGUUGAAGUUCAAUAUAAGACUCUUCCAGGAUGGAACACAGACAUAUCAAAUGCAAGGACAUUUAAAGAACUGCCUGUUAAUGCACAAAAUUAUGUCCGAUUUAUUGAAGAUGAGCUCCAAAUUCCAGUUAAAUGGAUUGGUGUGGGAAAAUCCAGAGAGUCGAUGAUUCAGCUCUUUUAAGGAUUAUCAGCAACACAAGAAACACUCCUUAAGAGGGAAGGAAAAGACUUUAAUAUUUCUUUAUUAGCUGCAUAUUAAAGACAUUGAAGUGAGUUUUAAACCCUACAGUGGUUCCCAGUCUUCUAAGCUGGAUGGCUGUUGUGGAUAUAUACUUUGGCUUAUUCCAGUGUCAGCUUUCCUUGGCUGGCAUAAUUGCCGAAUCAUCUUUGCUCCUGCUGCUCAUGGUGCCAUGUUUUCUUUUACUGUUCAGUGAUAUAGUAUAAUCCAUGUUGUUUGAAAUUGAAAAUAGAGUUACUUUCAGUGUAGUGUUUCCUCAUUAUUGUCAUUAUGUGUUAUUGGGUUCCGCCUCUAUUAGAUGGUAAGAACAAUUAAUGCAGUUUUGCACAAGUAUUUUUACAUUCUGAUCAUUCAAUUUUGUCAUUGUAAACUUUGCUGGUGAAAAAAAAUGAUGAAAAGAUAGGGGUUCUUUAGACUUUUGUAAUGCUAUGAAUUCUGUUUAAAUUGUGAACUGUUUAUUUUCUGCUAAGACCAUUGCAAAGUUGAGCUUUGGUGGGGAGGGAGGGAGUGAUAUUCUUGGGUCCUUUAAUUUGUACAGACGCAGAACUUAUUUCUCUCCGUAAGUUAUUUAAUACUUUGAACAUCUAAUGAAUUGUCCAAAGGGGAAAGACUUUCCUUCAAACAACCUUAAUGUUAAAUAGGAUUAGUCAUUAAAAGAUUUGUUGUGAUAAUUGGUGGAUAUAUUUUUUUUAAUUUCAGAUAUUAGCUCAGAAGUGUGUAUCUUUCUCUUUUUGUCAUAUGAUUAUUUCUAAAUCUGAUAGAGUGAUUUUUCAGCAUUGUGCCUGUCAGUAUGCUUACAAAAUCGUCUGUAAGUGUCCAAAUGAACCCAAAUUUUGAUCAUGCCUUCUCUUCUUUCUUAAAAAAAAGAGGGAUGUUAUUUUUGACAAUUAGGCUUACUUAACAUACUGUGUUAUUACAUUAUCUUUCAAUGAGUUACUUUAAAUGUUUAAAUUAGGUGCCAGUUAUUUUAUUAUACCAUCAAUAGGUAAUUAAAAAAAACCAAAUAUUUCUAGCA